AUGGUCUCUUCUACCCGUGUCAUCUUUGGCACUGUUCUUUCAGGACGAGACAUUGACUUGAUCAAUUCUGAUAGAAUUGUCGGCCCCAUGAUUAAUGUAUGCCCGUUUCCGAUCGAGAUCGAUGAAGAGCGGAGUGCGGCCGCAUUAUUAGCCGGAGUACAGGAGAAACUGCUAAAUAUACAGGAAUUUCAGUGGUCAGCAUCCAAAUACCUGACUGAGAACAUCUCUUCGACUUUGCAGUCAGACAUGUUUAGCAGCCUUGUCGCUAUGCAAGUCAAUCUACAGAACCGAUUCGGUAACAGUAGACAUCGAACAUACGACUGGGACUGGACGCUUAAGGCCAAGAGCGAAUUUCCACUGAUAUUAGACGUGGAAGAACAAGGCGACGAGUGUCUCAGGAUACGCAUUGUGUAUGAUCAUCAACCCCUUGGCAAGAAUUAUGUCAAAACCCUAGUUAACCAUUACCAAAACAUUGUCGACCAAGUGUUGCAAAGUGACAAGUCUACCGUCGGCAGUGUACUGGGCAGGAUAAUGGAUCCGGACGAGUAUUGCCGGUUGACUAGACCCCAUAAUCAGUUUUACACAUACUUCGAAGGCGCAGACAACCUUGUCACAGCCAUUUGCAACGCAGUUCGGCAAUGGCCAGACUUGGUUGCUGUGCAGUCUGGCCGCGAAGCUCUAACCUACAUGGAGCUUGAUGAUGUAUCCAGUAGAGCUGCAUGUGGGCUCAAGGAAAUACUCGCUCAUGCAAUUGCACUUCAGCAUUUUGGGAUUCUUUCGUACAUCUCAUUUCCUGCAGCUCGCCUAGAAGCUGGGCCUGGACGUCACACCGCCCAAAAUUUGUCUGUCGGAUUCGAUACUUGUGUUGCCGAGAUAUUUGGCGCCCUCUGUUACGGCGCGACGUUGGUUCCUCGACAUGACGAUCUAUUCUCUCAUCUCCAAACCGUAGACGCAACCUUGACAACCCCGUCUAUCCUGGGCGCUUUAGAUCCCAAAGACUUUGCAAAGCUGGAAAUGAUUGUAGUCGGUGGAGAAUCUAUUCCUUCGGCUCUACUUGAACGAUGGGGACCGGGCAGAAAAGUGUUCAAUAGUUAUGGACCGAGUGAAUGCACUAUCGGUUCCACCUUCUGUCCGCUUUUCAUUGACCAGCCUAUCACGCUUGGUCGACCCAUCCCAAGAAUGAAUGUCUACAUAUUAGACGAGGAUCUCAGACCUGAGCCAGUCGGCGUUCCCGGUGAAAUUGCCUCGCAGGUAUACAAGUGA